CAGUUAUCCCAUCUAUGCUCCUAUAAUAGCCCUCAAUAAUGAAAUUGAGUCGAUAAGUAAUUCUGCAUCAUAAUCCGUUAUACAAUACUACAUAUCAAUAGUAGAGAGGAGCCCUAACCGCCUCCUCUUCCUUCCUUCUUUUCUUCUCUUCUUUUGACUACAAUCAUGGAAAAAGUUCCGUUUAAUCAGUAUUUUCAGUUCUAUCUAUACGUUUAUUUCCUAGCGUUGUCUAAAUAUAUUAUUUUCGGUAGCGAAGUGUUGCUCGCCAGAUCUAUAUUCCCAGCCAUCAUCCGUCAGGUGUUCUUGUGUGCUAGUAAGAGGUUUGUAUUGGCUUCUUUAUCAAUCAUGAAUCAAGAUUUCUCCUGCAUCGAUAUAGAGGCCGAUCACCCCCUCCUGAACCACCGUCGAUUUAGGAAGAUGACAUUGGAUGGAUUGCUUUCUUUCCGGUGGCUGGUCAAAUCGAAACAAUUUCUGCACUUGGCUCCUUAUCAGUGGCUGGAAAAACCGGCAAGUUCAAUAAUUCCUUUUUGGUGGCUGGUCAAGCCGAACCCAUUUCGAGUAGCAUGAGCAGAUACACUGCGGUGCGAGUCUACAUUGUCGCAGGGUUAGCGAACAUGAGUGCUUUUAUAUGACAUUUUUGUUCUUUGUCUCACCCUAGUGUAGUAUUGAACGCUAUGAUUGUAAUGCUUUGGCUUUUAGUUGUUAUGUUUCUUUUUAAGAUUUAAUUAUCAAUAAAAUGGUUAUUUGAUUUUCAAAAAAGAAAAGUAAUUCUGCA